CUCAUUUCAUUUGCCUUGUGUGUUUAGUUGUUACAUUCUGAAGGGAAAGCUUGCAAACUUAUUUCUUUAUUUACUCUCCUUUCUCGUCACUUGGUUUUAAAAAUAGCUAAAAAGCAAAGGGCUUUCUCUGAAAAAUGUUUCUGAGGGUACCUGCCAUGAACAGGAGUUUGAACAGAGAGAAUCCAGAUAUUUUGAAUAUGAUGAUUGCAGGGAAACAGAUAAUAAGGGGUGUUGAGGACGACAAAAGAGAUCAGAGAGAAAGAAAGAUGGGCCCAGUAAAGCCUGCUACACAAAUGAGUGCCACUGCACCAAACACUCUUCCCCCCCCUCUCCUUUCUUGUUUGUUUGUUUUCACUCUUUUAACUUUCCCUCUUAAUUUAUGGCUUUUUUAUAUUUUCCAUUCAACUUCAACACUGGCGCAUCCCUCCUACUCCCUUUUUCACUUGGACUUUAUACACAAACCACUUUCUUCCUUUUCUUUUCAUGGCUUUCUUCUUCAACUUCUUGUCUUUAAUGUGCAAAGACUAGAUAACAUUAUUUGACAAAGGAGGAAAUCUUUAUGGGGUCUAAGAAAAUGAAACUCGUGUUUUCGGGUUGGGAUGCUUGAAGAAGAAAAACAUGUUUCUGUUCGUGCAAAACAAAAUCAACACAAAUUUGGUGUUGCUCUUUUAUUUGGCAUGGUGUUCUCGAUGGACAACAUAUCUUGGCAAGGAGUUGUUAAGUUUUAAGAGGAUUUCUGGUUUGACAAGAGAAGUCUCGUGUUUUAGUGGCUUCAUUUGCUUUGUUGGGUGAUGAUGGACUACUCUUUUGCAGAUUAAGUCAAGUUAUGUAGGUCUAUUUUCUUACUAUUGUGGAUCAUACUUCUCUUGAAGUAAAGCUUUUCUGGAAGAUCACUGCAAAAUCAAGAGUGAUGGAGAGUGAUAUGUACACUGCUGCACUGGACAUUUCUGGGCGAGAGGCUACAGUAAUAGAUGAAAUUUCCCAACAUUCCGCCUCAAAUCCUCUCAUUCAGUGCUAUUCACUUGACCUUAACAACCAAUCCCACAUCAUAAGUGGAAUUUCAAUGCUUUCUGGAGAGCAAGGUGAACCCAUAAAUAAUGUCCAUGCUGAUGCUUGCUUCAUUAAUCCUUCAAUUAUUGCUGACUCUAGUCCACUAGUUAUAUCACAAGGAAAGACUAUUGUGGCAGUGGGAGAUGCCUCAAAUCCUAUGGAGAACACUGAGCUUCAAGAGCAUUUAGCUGGAGGAAUGCCAAUCACUCCCUCUUCACUUGCUGCCAUUCUUGCUGCUAGAACUGGUCUUGAAGAAAAUUUGGGGAACUCAUCAUCAGCCUUGCCUCCCUCCCUCUGCUCAAUGGGGGCACUGGGGGCAUUCUUCAACAAUUUGCAAGGUACUUCAAAUUCAAACCCUUUGUCUGCAACUUUUGAGGACUGUGGUUACAAUGAAGUUUCUAGUAAGUGGAAUGCUAACAAGUUUCCUAAAGCUCCAGAGAUUGAUGGAACUUGUCAGCCUUAUCCUUUUAUAGCAAAUCUGGAUCAAAAUGAAUGGCCAUCAUCAAAUGUCGCAAACAUGGCCAAUCAUGCUUACCAUUCCUCACACUUUAGUAAGGAACUUUCUCUAAGUCUCGCAACAUCGACAACCGCGGGAAUGUGCUCGGAGGUGAGUUGCUCUAAUGUGACCCCAUGCAUGAAUGGAACCAUGUCAGGGUUGGAGCAAGCCUCUUGCAGUAGUAGUAGGGAACUUUCUAUGAAUUUGGGUGGUAAUAAGUAUGUAGAGUUUUCACCAGAAGUACUGGAAUCAAGAUAUCUCGUUGGGAUUCAAGAGAUACUUGCUCAAAUUGGAAGAUAUUCAUUUGAAAAUCUAGAACAGUUGAAUUAUUCUGCUGGUAACCAUAGAUCAGGUGGAAACAAGUCAAGUUCAGCCUUCCCACCCAAGAGAAGGAUAUUGAUAGAUCACAAUGCAAAUUCUACAUAUGAAGCUCAUGCAGAGUCUCCAUUGCAAAGGCAUGCUGCUGAAUCAAAGAAAUCCCAACUCCUGACACUUCUACAACUGGUGGACAAUCGAUAUAGCCAAUGCUUGGAUGAGAUACACACUGUUGUAUCUGCAUUCCAGGCCGCUACGGAGCUGGACCCUCAAAUACAUGCACAUUUUGCUCUUCAAACCAUCUCUAUCCUUUACAGGGACCUAAGAGAGAGGAUCAGCAAUUACAUUCUAGCCAUGGGAUCAAAUUUCAACAACUCGUGCUCAGAAGAGAAUGAAUGGUCCGUUGAAACUUCAUUCCUUCAAAAGCAAUGGGCUCUCCAGCAGUUGAAAAGAAAAGAUCAGUUGUGGAGGCCCCAAAGAGGGUUGCCAGAAAGAUCCGUCUCGGUUCUACGGGCUUGGAUGUUUCAGAAUUUCCUGCACCCGUAUCCUAAAGAUGCAGAGAAGCAUUUACUUGCAGUAAAAAGUGGGUUGACGAGAAGUCAGGUAUCCAAUUGGUUUAUAAAUGCUCGUGUUCGGCUGUGGAAACCUAUGAUUGAAGAGAUGUAUGCUGAAAUGAAUAAAAGAAAGGCCUGUCGAAAUGAAGAAGGAAUGCAGAGCAACCACGGAACUAGGAUAAGCACGACCAAUGAAAGGUUUAAUCAGUGUCAACUAUAGGCGAACAAAGUCACAUGAUGAUAUUCAUGGACCCUUUUCUAUGCUAAAAUAAAAACAGAACUGAAGCCAAAGUCUACGCAUAAUGUUUUUUUUUUGCAUGGUUGGGUAUAUUAGUCACGAGGAUGUCCAUGAAAAAAAUAGAAUCUCAGUAAAAUAACACGGCUUUUAUUUGACUGUCCA